AUGGUUGAAUCUUAUGCAUAUAAUUUAGUGGAGAAGUUGCAGAAGAGGGCUCAUGAGUUAGAAGUUCAGGCAGAGGAAGCAAAGAAAUUGGAGAGAUCUGCUUUAGAAUCUAUGGAGUCUGUCACAAAACAACUUGAAGGAAGCAAUGAUUCAUUGCACGAUGCAGAAUUUGAGAUCACAUCCUUCAAAGAAAAAGUAAGAUUGCUGGAAAUCACAAUUAGAAAGCAGGAGGAGGAUCUUGAGGAAUCAGAAUACAACCUUGAACUAGCCAAGGAAGAAGCUUCUCAAACGGUGAAAAAAGUUGAAUAUCAUGUGUCUGAGCUUGAAACUAUUAAAGAAGAAAGAAUUUAG